UUACAGUGUUUGGAUUGUUUUUCUGAUAUAUGCACCCUUAAUUAGUUAUUUUGAAAAAGUGCCGUCUGUGAUGAAUAAACUAGACAGAACUUCUCUAUGUAAUGGAAAAAAUUAUAAAAGAACAUUCAAAACAAACAGUCUUAACAACUGUUGCAAAGGUACGAAUGAACAGUAUUUUAAUCCAGAUACUCAUAUAUGUUGUGGUGGUUCUCUUUAUCCGAGAAUUGCUAAUGGUACAGUUCAAGAUUGCUGCAAAAGCACAAUUUACAACAGCAGGAAAACUUUGUGUUGUGGUGGGAUUCAUUAUCCAAUAUACAGUCCAGAUAGUAAUGCUUGCUGUGGAUCAACAAUUUACAGUUUUAAGAACGAGAUGUGCUGUGGGUACAAGGUUCACAAACUCAAUUUCACAAGGCUGUGUUGUGGUAACGAGACAUUCGAUGCUUUCCUUCAGCAAUGUUAUCAAGAUACUGAAGUCAUGAAUGUAUUUGAGAGCAAAUGUGGAGAUACGAGAUACGACACUAGAAAACAGAUGUGUUGCAACCAAGUGUUGAGAACAGGGAACCAUAGAGGUCUUCGAUGUUGUGGUUCCGUAACAUUUAAUAACAGUUUAAAUGACUGUGUAGAGAAAAAAGUGGUCACCAAAGGACGUCUUCUAUGCCAAAAUCAAGGAGAAUAUAACCCUUUAACGCACGAUUGUUGUGAAGGAGAAAUAAAGCGGAGAAAUGGGUCAUGGUGGCGCUGCUGUGGUAGUAUAAUAAUCAACUAUGAAGUGGAAAACUGUUGUGCAGGAAAGGGUUAUCAUAAAAGAAACGAGCAAUGUUGUGGUGGUAGUGUUACGAAAAUUGAAGAUACUUGUUGUGAUGGCCAGAUUUUAGACCCUCAAAAUCAAGUGUGCUGUGGCAAAACUCUUUUUGCUAAUGAGGAGAUUAUUCAGAAAAAUAACACCGAAGAUGACAAAUGCUGUGUAACCGCACAUGGACAAAUUUCUUAUAAUUCUGCAAACUUUGUUUGCAGCUGGGAACGAAACAUUGUAAGCAGAAAAAACAAUCGAACACUUUGUGGGCGAAGGGAAUUUAAUCCUAAGGAAGACCUUUGUUGUAAUUCAAGAAUUUUCAAGAAAGCUCUUCAAAAAGGAAUGCAAUGUUGCAUGCCAAGUGCAUCUAUCUAUAAUUCAAGAACACAUACAUGUUGUUUUGGUAUCAAGAAGGUAGGAAAAAGAUGCUGGAAAACAAAAAUUCGUCAAAUAAGAUUUCGUCGCCGAUGUCCCAGGAGAUGUGUGAGAAAGAAGAUGACAUUAAAGAAAUAUUGCAAAACUUCACUGGAUACCUACUUACAUAGGCCGAUAUCUAGACUGGGAUCCAAAAUGAAGAAACAAUUAAGGUUAAUUGAGAGAGGUGGAUCUUGUAAGUGUGUGUACAAAAGAAAAAUUAGGAGAGAUUCCUGCAAAUUAACCAGAGACCGAUGUUUCUCUUACCGGGAACUUACUGGGAUAUUAGUUUCAAAGAAGAGGAAGUUUAUUCUAUGGUACUUUCAAAGGAAUAGAAAGGGGAUAGAUCAAACACGAUUUUGUCCUUCAAAUUAAUGAA